AUGCCCAAACCUCUCAGAGAUGACAUUGGUCUCCUGUGCAAGGUGGUCCAAGAGGCCAGAGCCUACGGGGACUCCUCUGGACCCUACUGGAUGAUGGCACACAUCAGACCAGGCAGCGUGCUUAAUAAACCCUUGUUAAUCGUUCCUACCUACCUACCUACCUGCCUGCCUGUUUCCUCCCCGGUCUGGAUCCACGCCUUUCCUCCGCUCCACUCCGCAGCACGUCGUGACAACUUCAUUCUCUUCUUUUCUGCUGUCUGGGUGGGAAUUAUCUGUCUGGUAUUCAGCAGCCGGCUGAGCACCAUGAAGGCAGCAUCCAUCUGUCCCAACGACCAGACUGGAUGCCACCUCCUUCCUCUGGCCAACCUGUUUGAUCGGGUCAUUCAGCACUCAGCCAGGAUGCAUGGCAUUUCUGACGACCUCCACUCUGAAUUUGAGCUCUACUUCCUGCCCAGUAAGAAUCAGAUCGGUCGGGUCAGUCGCAACUGUCACACCUCUACCAUCCUGACCCCUAAUGGCAAAGAGAAUGCUCAGAGAAUAGCUAGGGAGGAGCUGGCAGAGAUCAUCCUGAAGCUCCUGGUGGCGUGGCGAGACCCUUUGUGGCACUUUCACCAGAGCAUGUCUCAACAUGAUGAGUUCACUAACUUCAGCUCCAAUAAGUCUCUGGAGAUGAGUGACAUGGUACACGAGCUACGCAAAGGUGUACUUAAAGUGGUGGAGAAGAUGCAAAUGUUGGGAAUAAUAAGUAAUUCAGUCGGCGACAUGGGUUCUCCUGAGGCUUUACUGACGUCUGACAGUGCUGAGUGGCGCUUCAUGAAAGACUAUGAUCUUCUCUAUUGCUUCCGCCGUGAUUCUAACAAGAUCCAGAACUACCUGAAGAUCCUGAAGUGUCGGAUUGUUCCAAAGCAUGGAUGCUAAAAGAAAAACUUUGGAAUGGAAAUGCACAUUACAUAACAACUCAAUGCAAGUCGUGGUUUUGUAUCUAAUAUCAUCUAAUGCAUAAAUAAAGACAUCCUUAAAGACCUGGA